AUGUUUGAUCCUUCCGAAUCUUUAGAGCAGCCAAGUUAUGUAUCCAGGUCUUGCUCUGUGCACUCGGACGUUCCGUACGUACCCCGUAACCCUUUUUCUUUGGAUGAAUAUAGCAAGCAAGAUUUUCAUUUAUAUCACCAUGUCAGUGAUUUCAACAACGAUGAAGGAUUCAAUUUAUCGAAUAUUCUGAAGAUUGAUUCUUCGAAAGCCAAUAGCUGCUUUUCCCUUGUCAAGCAAUAUCUAAUCAAUUAUCGCUUGCUUCGCAAGCACAUGCGAGCGUAUUUCAUUGACCCAGUACCAAGAACCUUCACACUUAGGUUCUACUUGGAAGCGAAAAAUAUAACUGUCCAUGACGAUCAGGCUGCAGUACACUCUAAAGAGCAGAACAAAUGUUCACGAAUAUUGACAUUGGUAAUCAAGAUGAUGCAAAACGUUUGA